AUGCCCUCUCCGAAAAAGACUCUUUUUGCUGAAGGAGUGCCAGCAUUGGAGUGUCCCAUUCCUGUCGGUGCGACUGUUAGCAUCUACGGCAUUCAAAAACUACCUCUUUUGAACGGGCGUACCGGUAUCGUGACGAAGGGUGCUGACGAGAAGGGCCGGUUCACUGUCGAGCUUUUGGUAGCGGAGAAGCCAAUACCAUCGGCGGUGCCUCCGACCGAGGAAGAAAGGUCAACUGUUGAACCGGAUGAGGCGAACUACGAGCAUGACGAGACAACAUCAGCAUCCUCACCAUCAGCAUCAUCUUCUGCUGAUUCAAAUAAGCUGAAAGUAAAGUCCUCACUGAACAACUAUAAGGCAAAACUGAACAGAUCCAGAGGAGACGAAGACUUCCUAGGUGUUGAAGGUGGAGUACCUGAUGAAAGCUGUGAGACAAAUAGUCUUGGGAGCAGUGUCGUAGGGCCAGGGAGUAUCGGUUUAUGCUUCGACGAAACACAAGGUGAAGACGUGUUUCUCGGACAGCCUGUUGACUUGGGACUCAGCGACAUUUUUGCUGCAGCGAAAAAUAAAGGUAAAAAAGCAGCAAAUAGUCAUAGUAAAUCCAUUAAACAUGAUAACGACGAUAGGGAGAGAACUACCUCAGCAACAACUUCCGCCGCCAGCGAGAAGCCAGUACCUCCACGACCUGCGUCUCAAAAAACAGCACCAGAAAAGUCGUCUCCAGCAGCUCUACCAGCGCCACCUGCUACCGGACAGAUGUUUUCGCUAAAAGGACAGAACCUACGCCUAGUGGGUCUUCCACCUUCUGCGACGCGGAAAGCAGAAUCGAAUACCGCGGAGGCCCAAAGCGUAUUGAAGCGGUUGCAAAGUUUGAAAACGGCACUUGGAGAGAAAUGAUUGGAGGGCGGGGGCGGGUGGAACACAAAAAAUGUGAAUGUCGGAGAUAAUGAAUAAUUUGGAUUUGUAAAGCUAAUGAGGACAUCAAUGGAAAAUGUACAGUUGUGAGUCCAAACAAGCUGGGAAUGCAGCAAAUAAUGCCCUUUCAAAUGAACAAUUGAAAUCCAGCGACAAUAUGUGAAUUAUCG